CACAGAUCUUAGCGCUACCCUUUCUGUCUUCCGCUUGCCUUUGACUUCUUGCUCUAUGGCGCCAGGGACUAGAUACAAGCUAGUUAACAAUGCGGACGAAAACAACCGUAAAACCUCUGUUGCUUUACGCUUGCAAAGCCUUUUUAAAAAAAAUGGCGUUUACUUGUCAAUGCUUUUAUGGCUCGGUCUUUUCCUUAUCUUCUCUCUUAACAAACUAGUUACGGACAAGAACGCUACACAUUCUGAAUUCAAAACUGUCAACUUUACUGAGGUAGACGUAUAUCAGGAUAUCUCAAGCGCAGCCGACGCUGCUUGGCUAAACCUGACACCCCCCGGAACAGGUUACUUAUGGGAAUACGACAUAACACGAAGGCGACCCAAGCCUACCGGGAUUGCUAUGUUCCAUCAGCUCCAUUGUUUACAAAUGAUUCGUUUCGAAGUACAGAUCUUGUUACAUAAACAAACUGAGGUUCACAGAAAUGUGCACGACGAUAUCGAAAGCGCACAUUGGCUACAUUGUUUUGACUAUUUACGACAGACCUUACUUUGUCACGCUGACUCUGGCCUUGAGGAAACCAAGAUGUUUCAAGGCGAGGAAUAUAUUGACGGUAUGGUUCCGCAUCAGUGCCGGGAUCCACAACCGUUAUACGAGAAAACCUUGAGGAGUCGCCUUGACUAUGGAGUCUCUGAGGCUACAAUGUGAAUGUCUUAGGGUCUGUAAACGUAGAGGCUGAAAACGGUCUUUAGAGGAGUGAACUUGAAUACAAGUUGUUUUAUGGAGGAUGUUAUAUAGUGUAUUUCGGUCUAAGGUAGUCCACAAGUGAAUGGUCCAUUUUCAUUACCCUUGUGAGGGUCACGGCUAUAGAGAGCAGGCUCAAACAAUAGAUGGAUUCUGAUGACCCGUAGGGUCAGGUCUAGAUACAAGACGUAACGCGAAGAAGAGGAAAGAGAGAUCGCGCUAUGCGAGCGGCGCGCCGCCGCAAUA